AUGAAUAGAUUAUUUGGGUCUAAGAACUCUGCACCCAAGCCCACUUUAGGAGAUGCCGUUAACAACAUUGAUGAAAGAGUGGGGAAUCUUGAUGUUCGACUUAGUAAGAUUAAUGCGGAAUUAGCACUGUAUCAGCAAAAGAUAAGUCGAAUGAGAGAUGGGCCUGGGAAGACAGCAUUGAAACAGAAAGCAUUGAAGUUAUUGAGACAAAGGAAACAGAUAGAAGGACAAAAGGAUCAAUUAGAGAAUCAAUCAUGGAAUAUGACUCAAGCUUCAAUGACCACUGAUAACUUACAAAACACCAUGAUUACUAUUAAUGCUAUGAAAUCAGCUAAUAAGGAGUUAAGGAAAACCUAUGGUAAAAUCGAUAUAGACAAGAUCGAGUCUCUUCAAGAUGAGAUGCUUGACUUAAUUGAUAAAUCCAAUGAAUUACAAGAAGCCAUGCUGAGUAGUUAUGAUCAAGUAGAUGACAUAAGUGAAUCUGAGUUAGAUGCUGAAUUGGAUGCUUUAGGAGAAGAAAUGAGCUAUGAAAAUGAAUUGGCUGAAAGCGGUAUAGGAGCUCCCAGCUAUUUGAAUGACCAAUUAUCCACUGAUAAGUUGCCUUCCUUUGUAGAUGAAACAGAGGAAAAGAAGACAGAGAUAGCAAAUUAA